UAGCUUGCGUAGCACUGUACCGUUGUUGUUGUUGAAGCUCGCGUUGAAAAAUUGAGAUUUUAGCAUUUUUUUUAACAAUUUCGUGAAUUUCGUAUUAAGAUAACGGUGAUAAGAGCUAAUUAGAACCAUUUGCAACUUCCGUCGUCGUUCUCGUGCCCUCCUGGCCGUACAAUCCGUGCAAACCGUGGAAAACUGCAGCGUGAAAAGAUCCCCAAACAGACGAGGUUGAAACGAGAAAAAAGGAUUCUAAAUCAUUUUACAACGCUGCAGGAGAGCACAGAAAUCUGCGUGUAAAGUGUUUCUGCAAAGCUUCAAAUGAGUAAGAUGACAAAAAACAAACUGAAUCUCACGCUGCCCCCCGGCUCGGUCGAUGUUCCGGCGGGACAGCAGACAACGCCAACACCGUCGUUUAAAACUCCUUCCGGUACCGAGUAUGUGAUCAGCAAACACAAUCUGCUAGGAAAACCCAAAAAUAGCAUCGACGCACUUACUGAAACACUCGAAGAACUGGAGAUGGAAGAGAGCGCCCGCAAACGCAUUAAAGUUUUUCUGAGCCAAAAGGAAAAGAUUGGGGAACUGAGCGAUGAAGACCUCGAAAAACUUGGUGAGUUAGGUUCCGGAAACGGCGGUGUCGUGAUGAAAGUGCGCCACGUUCCCACUCAGCUAAUAAUGGCCCGUAAGCUGAUUCAUCUGGAGGUCAAACCAGCCAUCAAGAAGCAAAUAAUCCGCGAGCUAAAGGUGUUGCAUGAGUGCAACUUUCCUCACAUCGUCGGAUUCUAUGGUGCGUUCUACAGCGAUGGUGAAAUCAGCAUCUGUAUGGAGUACAUGGACGGAGGAUCCUUGGACUUGAUCUUGAAACGUGCCGGGAGAAUUCCAGAGGCAAUUCUAGCCAAAAUUACAGCCGCUGUUCUUAAAGGAUUGAGCUACCUGCGAGACAAGCACGCUAUUAUGCACCGCGACGUCAAACCUAGCAACAUUCUCGUGAAUAGUAGCGGAGAGAUUAAAAUUUGCGAUUUUGGAGUUUCUGGACAGCUCAUAGACUCGAUGGCUAAUUCAUUCGUCGGCACCCGGAGCUACAUGUCGCCAGAACGGCUUCAGGGAACACACUACUCUGUCCAGUCUGAUAUAUGGUCGUUGGGACUUUCAUUGGUGGAAAUGGCCAUCGGAAUGUAUCCUAUUCCCCCUCCUGAUAGUAAAAUGUUAGAUGUAAUAUUUCAAGAUAGAGGAGAUGAUAGUUCGCCUGGACAAAAUAUCAUUGAACCCAAGCCGAUGGCAAUUUUUGAGUUGUUGGAUUACAUAGUUAAUGAACCACCGCCCAGGUUGGAGCAUAAUUCAUUUACUGAUCGUUUCAAAGAUUUUGUCGACCGAUGCUUGAAGAAAAAUCCAGAGGAACGAGCUGACCUGAAAACAUUAAUGAACCACGAUUGGAUCAAAAACAUCGAAACGGAAGACGUCGAUAUUGCUGGAUGGGUCUGUCGAACCAUGGAUUUAGCACCGUCUACUCCGAAGCGAAAUGCAUCCCCUUUUCUAAAUUAAAAACACAUCCAUGUAUACUGCU